CCCGAGGUUGCCUUUCUUGAGCUCUUCACGUCGCAGAGCAGUUGUGCACCGUUGCUUGCGGCCCAACGAACUGCAAGUGAUAUAUAACACAAGGCGAAAGCGGUUUCAACGUUGGCGUCUGGUGCAGCGACAUGGUAACUGGAGCCAACAACACCUCGGGAUUGGGAAAGCGCUUCCCACGCGGGCCCAAAGGAGUAUUUACGUCAUCCUUAGUCCCAGUGUCCAUGCUACUGCUGCUCCUACCCAGCCUCGCCGUACGCUCCACAACAGCCGCAAGGACUAUGGGCCUCCUUCCUCCUGUGUCGGCCGCACCAGCAGAAAUGCCCAUAGCCCCGGAGAGGACGGCAAAAGUAACGCCAGAUGGUGAUUACGUGGACUACCUCUUCAAACGGUACAUGCGAUGCGACGAGAUCCCUGGAUUCACACUGUUAGAGGGAAGGGAUGCGCCUACAGAUUUGUACGACAGCCCCGAAACAGGCGACCUGCUUGAGAUGGCAGCGGCUUGCACCAAGAUCGCAGGAUGUAUGGGUUUUAACACCAACGGCUGGCUCAAAACAGCAGCAGCUGCCGAUGGAUCACUUCUCGUGAAGGAGUCAACAUCGUACAGUCCCUGCGGCGGAAUUUACGUUAAAGACGGUGUUCAAACCAAGGCCUCCGCUACAAGCCAAGCGGACACCGGGGUUUCGGAGGCAACCAGUAGUAACAAGGUAUCUGCUGGUGUCAGCAGCAACGGCAACGACAGCAUCGGCAACGACAGCAGCCGCAGCAGGUUUGCAGUGCUAAAUAUGAGCGUGGCGAAAUAUGGCAAGGUGCUAGCCAGGAUAUGGCGGCCUUAGGCCAUCUAGGUGUCCAUGCCCAGAACGCAGUCGUAUGUGUUGGGUUUAGGAAGGGGUAAUGACUAACGAGCAUGAGGAAGCAAGGGGAUAUUGGGGAAUGAAGGCAUGACGUUUCUCACCACCAGUGUGGACUCUGCGUCCUGUCGUACCUUGGUAGCCACUGGAUACGACACAAGGGCUGCCGGCAUGUGGGGUGACGUGGCACGGUUGACGAUGGCGUGUCACGCACGGACACGGCCAUGGUCUGGUCCAUUAAGGCGAAGAAACUGCGCUGUUUGAUAUUAUUGUUUGUAGAUAUGAAGUCCUGAAUUAUAUGUGUUAAGGAAACUGGUCGCGAGCCUGAACCAUGUGUGUAUGUUGCGUGUUGCGUAGGUCGUGCAACGUCAAUCCAUCCCUAGUGUGGGCGCUACAGCAGGUUUGCUAGCACCUGCAGGGAGAGCCAUGUACGGGUAUGAGGCAGCGGUAACGCAUGCCUAUCCUAGGCAGUGUAGUAGUUUAGUAGUUCAGAAGAAGCAGAGCAACGGUUGUCAGCAAUGCAAUGGUUAGCCUGUUUAUUUGCCGCUGAAAGGCGCCAGUGCUGAGGUUGACGGGCCAGAAGUCAGCACCGGGGGUAACAUGCAUCCGUACAUGUUGUGCAUAAGAUGCUGAAGCGGAAUGUGUAAGGGACCUUGGGACGUAUGCUUGUGUAUAGGACCUGUGUAUGGAUCUUGAAUGCUGUCUAAUGCAUUCCUCUUUACCUCCUGUCUUAAUGUCUCUUUCUGUCUGAAGUACGGAAUGUGUUAGUUUAAGUUGCUGUUGUUCUCUUAUCUUCCUUUAUGCGGCACGGCGUACAGUACAGUACGGUCAUGUAUUGCGCCUUUGCGGAUCUGAUGUGUAACCUAAGCCACGUUUUCCUAUCGCCAAGGAAAGUUAAAGAAGGUUGAAAAGUCACUGGAGGUGUUGUAUGCGUUUGCUGUUGUGUUUGGGCGAACAUGCCGUCCUUUUUCUGGGGGCAUGUCCAGCAGGACGCGGUUAACAGUUGUACAGUGUACGAACACGUCGGUUGCGCAAUGGGACCUGUACCGUGUCGUGACGGUGUUUGUAAGGACCUUUUGAUUGCAGG